AUGCGAUCAUUCAGGAACGCCGCCUAUGCGCUCUUUGCUGCAGCCGCAGUCGCUGCUGAGUCUGACGUUCACCAAUUAAAGAAAGAUACCUUCACCGACUUUGUGAAAAGCCAUGACCUCGUCCUAGCAGAGUUCUUCGCCCCGUGGUGCGGCCAUUGCAAAGCCCUCGCCCCUGAAUAUGAAGAAGCUGCGACACAGUUGAAGGAGAAAGACAUCCCCCUAGUGAAGGUCGACUGCACUGAGGAAGCCGAUCUAUGUAAAGACUAUGGAGUGGAAGGAUACCCUACCAUUAAGGUCUUCAGAGGCCCAGAUAAUACACAACCGUAUCAGGGCGCCAGAAAAUCGCCAGCGUGGGGGCUAACAGUUGCUAGCAUCAUCUCAUAUAUGACCAAGCAGGCUAUGCCCGCGGUCUCUGUCCUGACCUCAGAAACCAUCGAGGAAUUCAAAACGCAAGACAAAGUAGUUGUCGUUGCCUACUUUCCGGCCGAUGACAAGACCUCAAAUACCACCUUCGACGAAAUCGCUGAGAAGCACAGGGACGACUAUCUCUUUGGCGCAACCAACGAUGAGGGGCUAGCUAAAGCUGAGGGCGUCAAGCAACCAGGGAUCGUACUAUAUAAGACAUUUGAUGAAGGCAAGGAUGUCUUCGACGGCAAAUUUGACAAGGACAUCAUCACCAAGUUCAUCAAAGACGCAGCCACCCCGCUUGUGGGUGAGGUCGGCCCCGAAACAUAUGCUGGCUACAUGGCCGCUGAACUCCCGCUUGGCUAUAUCUUCGCAGAAACAGAAGAAGAGCGUGCUGAAUUAGCGGAAACUCUAAAGCCCCUUGCCAAGAAGCACAAGGGCAAGAUCAACUUCGCAACAAUUGAUGCCAAAGCCUUCGGUGCUCAUUCCGAAAACUUGAAUCUGAAGAAUGGUGUCUGGCCCGCCUUCGCUAUUCAGGAGACCGUCAAGAAUCAGAAGUUCCCUUACGACCAGGAGAAGAAGAUCACCGAGAAAGAAGUCGGCAAAUUCGUCCAAACCUUCCUCGAUGGCAAAAUCAAACCCUCUGUCAAGUCUGAGCCAAUUCCAGAGAAGCAAGAAGGUCCAGUUCAAGUCGUCGUCGCUCACAAUUACAAUGACGUUGUCAUCGACAAUGAGAAUGAUGUCCUUCUAGAAUUCUACGCUCCAUGGUGCGGUCACUGCAAAGCUCUGGCUCCCAAAUAUGACGAACUCGCGGCCCGCUACCCCUCAGACUCGAAGGUCACAAUCGCCAAAGUUGACGCCACCACCAAUGACGUCCCCGACGAGAUCCAGGGCUUCCCAACCAUCAAGCUCUUCGCCGCCGGCUCCAAGUCCGAACCCUUGACAUAUUCCGGCGCUCGCACCGUUGAGGACCUUGCUGCAUUCAUCAAGGAGAACGGAAAGUAUAAGUAUGAUGCCACAGAGAACGCGACCGAAGCUGAAGGGGUGGAGGAUGGUGAGGUGCCACUUGCAGAGGGGAUGGGUUCGGCAGCACAGGCUGCCACGGAGAGUGUGAAGAGUGCGGCCGCUGAGGCUACUGAGGUUGUGAAGGAGGCUGUGAAGGACAGCGGAGAGGAACAGCCAGAGGAACACGAUGAAUUGUAA